CAACACCCUUAAUCUUAUAGAGUACCUUCUCAAACCAUGUCUUCGCCAGCCCAGCGCCGCUCGCAGCGCUCGUCGGCGACUCCAAGAAGGAAUGGCCGCUCUGCUCGAAAUUCCCAAAUACCUUCCAGCAGCCCAGCACCUACCGGUCCAGAACAACAGCUGCAUUCUGAGGCUUCACAGGCAUCGGAGAGGGUUUCUCAGAAUACGCCUAGGAAUGCAAGACUGCAGACCGCUUCGACGCAGUCGCCUCUCUUCUUCCGCUCUUCACCUGUUAACGGUUCGGCUUCAGGGGCCGGGAACGGUGCCGGUGCCAGCGCCGAUGCAGUCACGGAUGGCGACAGGACGCCUAGGGCGAGCGGAAUAACCAUUGGAGACUCCUCUCCGAUUCAUUACGCCUCUAGCUCAAGCCCAGGGCGUGCCCACCAUGCCUAUAACACCGACAUUCGAAGCAGUAGCAGUGCUCUUUUUGUCCGUGGUCCUUCUGAUACAGCAGCCCGCAACCGUCGCAGCGAUAUUAAUUCCGACGUUAUCGGGCUCGGUCCUAGCUCAGGCAGCCGACGCCGUAGGCUCUUUGUUGACGAAAAUGGUAUGGCUGUUCACGAUGCGUCAGAUGCGGCUACCUUUUCCAACUUAAAUCCCGAUACAUCCGAUGCGGAUGUGCUUGGAGGUGGUUCGUCUCGAGUCAUUUGGGGUACAAACGUCUCCCUGGUCGAUUCUAUGAAUGCGAUGAAGGAUUUCCUCUUUAAUUUCCAGCGCAAGUACCGCAUGAUCCAAGAUGAAGAAUUAGAAGAGGGCGUCAAUUUGCCAGCGGAUCAUCCAGGUAUGGCAAAAGAGUAUGUGGACAUGAUGAAAACUAUGCUUGAACUUGGUGUUACCCCACUGAAUCUAGAUGCUCGAAACCUUAAGGCCUACCCGCCCACCCGGAAAUUGUGGCACCAACUCCAGGCUUUCCCCAACGAGAUUAUCCCGCUUAUGGAUGUGGCGGUUAAGGACGUCAUGAUCGAACUAGCAGAGAAGCGCAUGGGCGAAUUAAGGAUGCAGCAGCAACAAGGUCCACACAGCACUCUGUCUCGAGCACGUGACUCAAGUUCUCUGCCACCUAUGCUCAGUUCUGAAGCUGGAACCCCUGGACCUACCCCACAGCCAGUGCCGGAUAUGCCGGAUCUGGUCAAGGAGGUCGACCAGAAAACCUACCGUGUUCGGCCAUUUGGGCUGGAUCAAACGAUCAAUUUGCGAGAGCUGAAUCCAGGUGAUAUGGACAAGUUGGUUAGUGUCAAAGGUCUUGUCAUUAGAACGACUCCCAUCAUUCCGGACAUGAAAGAUGCGUUCUUCCGAUGUUCCGUGUGUAAUCAUACGGUUAAGGUCGACAUCGACCGUGGUAAGAUUACUGAACCAACCCGCUGCCCCCGGCCGGUCUGCGAAUCUUCCAACUCGAUGCAGAUUGUGCACAACCGUUCGGGUUUCGCGGACAAGCAAGUUAUUAAACUUCAGGAGACUCCCGAUAAUGUUCCGGAUGGCCAGACGCCUCAUUCGGUCUCUCUCUGUGCGUACGACGAACUAGUCGACGUCUGCAAGGCCGGUGAUCGGGUUGAAAUCACAGGAAUCUUCAAAUGCAAUCAAGUGCGCAUCAACCCUCGCCAACGGUCGGUGAAGAAUAUCUUCAAGACUUACGUCGACGCCCUACACAUCCAGAAAGUGGACAAGAAGCGCAUGGGCAUUGACGUCUCUACCCUUGAAGAAGAGCUUGCGGAGCAUGCAGCUGGCGAUAUCCAAGAGGCGCGCAAGGUCACUGAGGAAGAAGAGGCCAAGAUCAAAGCGACUGCUGAGCGUCACGAUGUCUAUGAUCUGUUAUCCCGCUCAUUAGCGCCUAGCAUCUACGAGACAGACGAUGUCAAAAAAGGUAUCUUGCUGCAACUUUUUGGAGGUACCAACAAGUCCUUCGAAAAGGGGGGUAGCCCGAGAUAUAGAGGUGAUAUCAACAUCCUUCUCUGUGGGGAUCCUUCCACAGCGAAAUCUCAGCUGCUUCAGUAUGUUCACCGCAUCGCACCUCGAGGCGUCUACACUUCUGGAAAGGGUUCUUCCGCAGUCGGCCUCACGGCAUACGUCACACGUGAUCCCGAAACCCGACAACUCGUUCUUGAGUCUGGUGCAUUAGUACUUUCCGACGGCGGCGUAUGCUGCAUCGAUGAAUUCGACAAAAUGUCGGAAUCUACACGAUCCGUUCUUCACGAAGUGAUGGAGCAGCAGACCGUUUCUAUUGCCAAAGCCGGUAUCAUUACUACUCUCAACGCUCGAACCUCUAUCCUUGCGUCCGCGAAUCCCAUCGGCUCCAAGUACAACAUCAAUCUUCCAGUCCCGCAGAACAUUGAUCUCCCGCCAACCUUGCUCUCCCGCUUCGAUCUCGUCUACCUCGUGCUGGACCGCAUCGACGAGCAGAAUGAUCGCCGUCUGGCUCGCCAUUUGGUUGGCAUGUAUCUCGAAGACGCCCCUGACAACGCCUCCAAGGACGAAAUCCUGUCCAUUGAGUUCCUAACAUCCUACAUCUCUUAUGCACGCGCCAACAUCCACCCAAAGAUCUCAGAUGGCGCACAGAAAGCCCUCGUCAAUGCAUACGUCGCCAUGCGCGCCCUAGGCGCCGAUAUCCGCGCUCAGGAGCGCAGAAUUACAGCUACGACCCGCCAACUCGAGUCCAUGAUCCGACUCGCUGAAGCGCAUGCCAAAAUGCGCCUGAGCGAAACCGUCACCGAAGACGACGUCCUCGAAGCUGUUCGCCUCAUCAAAUCCGCGCUCAAGCAAGCCGCGACAGACGCAAGGACCGGGCUUAUCGAUAUGUCGCUUUUGACUGAAGGCACGUCGGCGGGUGAGAGGCGCAGAAAAGAGCAUCUUAAGCGUGCGGUACUGGCCGCAUUAGAUGAGCUUGGGAGUGCGGGGCAGACGGUUAGGUUGAAUGAUUUGGUGAAGAAGGUGAGAGAUGGGGUGAGCGAGCAGGUGGAGAAUCAGGAGUUUUUGGAGGUGUUGAGGAGUGCGGAGUUGGAGGGUCAGGUGCAGAUUAGUGGAGAGGGACCGAGGAGGAUGGUUAAGAGGGUUGUGGGGGUUUAUUAGACAGGAAAGGCAAUAGGGAUGAGAGUUAGAUAGAUAGUUAGAGCAAACGUAAGAUCUAAUAUGGUAGGAUGGGGAAUGGGAGUUUGCGGUUGGGGUUUGGUUUGGGUCCAACUAUGUGUGCAAGAUGGUUGGUUUGGCUUGGUUUGGAAUUCAUAGAAGUUAGUG